AUGGCUAUUUGUAAAUUCUUCCAAGAAGGACGAUGCAAUCGAGGCAAUGCCUGUAAUUUUGACCACGUCCGACCGAAUCAGCAAUCCUGGGGCAGAGGAGGACAAGCAAAUGCCGGGACACCAGAUAAAUACAAUGAAAGCUCCUUAAAAGUUGGUUUAAAAGAAGAAAGACCACUGUGGCAAUUGAGUGUCUUUGGACCAGCAAAAGAAGAACCCAAUAUGGUGGUAGGCACUGAUUACAGUCCAGAAGAAGAUCGGUUGCAGUAUUAUUCUAGCAUGCAAUUGUCAGGCAACCCCAAUCAAUAUCUUUCACAGCACGAGCAAAAGCUCAAAGAAAUGUCGAACCAGGUGGACGCAAUCCUGGGAAACACACGUGCAGCACUACAGCAUUACGAAAAAGAAAAGACCAACAGUACCAGCGCUUUUGGUGGAUCCGAUUCAAAUAAGCAAUUUGCACCGUUUCGAGGCACAGGUGGUGCGUUUGGAGGAGCAAGUGGUGGCGGGUUUGGUGGCGCUGGUUUCGGCGCUGGUGGAUCAGCUUUUGGUCAGCAGAACAGUGCAUUUGGUGCGAAACCCUCAGCUUUUGGAUCUACUACUACAUCUUCAGCGCCUGCGUUUGGAAGCACAUCAACAUUCGGUAAUACAUCAGCGUUUGGCAGUACAUCCACACUAGGCGCCAGCGCACCAGCUUUCGGAAACUCUGCAUUUGGAAGCACAUCGACAUUAGGAGCUAGCGGUUCUACGCCUGCCUUUGGUAGCACUUCAGGGUUGGGAUCGACUUCAGGCGCACCUGCUUUUGGAAGCGCGUCGGCACUUGGAUCUUCUGGCGCAACAGCAUUUGGGAGCACAUCAGCAUUGGGUGGCGGUGGUGGGGCGCCGGCUUUUGGAAGCACAUCAGCACUAGGGUCUGGUGGCAGUGCACCUGCGUUUGGAAGCACUUCUGCACUUGGGUCGGGUGGAUCAGCAUUCGGUAGCACGUCAUCUUUGGGCAGUGGAGUUGGAGCAUCAGCAUUUGGCAGUACUUCAGCAUUGGGCGCUGGCGGGCCAGCGUUCGGUGGCACAUCAGCAUUGGGUGCAAACAAUACCAAGCCAGCCUUUGGAAACACAUCUGCAUUAGGAGGAUCAGCACCGGCAUUUGGCGGCGGUCCAGCAUUUGGCUCAAGCACGACAACACCAGCAUCUACUGCUGAUAAUACAGCAUCAUUGUUAUCAAAUAUAUCAGCAGAGGACAAUGCAGCCUUUGCACAAGAGAAGUUUACAUACAUGAAGAUUCCCGAAGUUGUGCCUCCUCCCCAACUCCACUAA